GCGUUCGUCAUUCACGACUUCCGGUUGCAGAGAGUUACCUUCCCGUGUGUAACAAGUGUUGUGUGGGCUGGUGAUUCAUUCCAUUAUCAAUUUUUCAUAUUUAUUUGUUUCCACAGGAUAUGAUUUGUAAUGUGACAUAAAAACACGUAAACAUGUACUCCCUGUUAUCAGGACUUUGGAAAUAUUUAUUCCAGAAGGAUGAAUUUUUUGUUCUUAUCCUUGGAUUGGACAAUGCUGGAAAGACAACAUUUUUGGAGCAAACAAAAACAAAAUUCAACAAGGGCUACAAAGGCAUGAAUUUGGCUAAAGUCACUACAACAGUUGGACUGAAUAUUGGCAAGAUUGACCUUGGGAAAACACGAUUGAAUUUCUGGGACCUUGGUGGUCAGGAGGAACUGCAGUCCCUGUGGGAUAAGUAUUAUGCAGAAACACAUGCAGUCAUCUAUGUUGUGGAUUCUUCAGACAGAGAUCGGAUUGAGGAAUCCAAAAUGGCAUUUGACAAAAUGGUCUUCAAUUCCUCUUUGAGAGGUGUACCGCUCCUGCUGCUGGCUAACAAGCAGGACUUAGAGGAUUGCCUGACUGUGAGUGACAUCAGACAUGUAUUUAACCCGACUCCUGAGGUUGUUGGCAGCAGAGACUGUCGAACAGAUGGGGUUUCUGCACUGAGAGGUGAUGGCGUACAAGAAAGUAUCAACUGGUUGUCAAACUGUAUCAAAAGAAAUACACACUCCCGGCCACCCACACAACGAGAUAUCACCUGAAUGAUUUUCCCACUUGUCACUCACUAAGACUAUUUAUUUUUUACACUGGCUUCCAAUGU